UCUAUCGCUACGAGCACAACCGCCUGACCCUCAAGAUAGCAGUAUCCACCAAGGCAAAACACGAUGGCAACUUUCUCUUUUCUCCCAACCGACAGGCUCUCGAUGACUGAGAUAUUCCGUCUUGAGCACACGGUACCAGCCAGUAUGUUGCCACCGUUACCCUCUGUUCACCAUGACUACCGGUUCUGGUCGGCCAGAUUGCCUAGAUACAUUGAGCGAUUCUCCACCCCAACAUGGAGAUUUGACCCUUUCGUUCUGGCCUUAUCCAUCCAUAGAGUAAUCCGGAAGGUCAUGUCGAUUCUUCGCUCUCUUGCAAGCGCAGUGUUUCCAAGACCACAAAUAGCGCAUUCACACAAGAUCUGUGUCGACGCCUCGAAGCUGGGAAAUAUGCGAGAAUCAAACAAAAAAGGAAACUCACUACAAGGCUUAUACCCCUGAAUGGCGAGCAAGAGACCUCACCGGUGGAGCUGGAACUAAGAAAGCCCC